CAGUUCCCGCCACCGUCUUGAGUGGCACCAGUGCCUUCACGACCCUCACCGCCGCUGCACUCGCCUCUCCUUUCUCCGACCUUCUCCGCAGUGUGUGGCCGCGAGGUUUUAAAAUGUGGUGGCUCGCCGCGAUGGUGGUGGCAGUGGUGGUAGUGGGGACGGAGGGGGGCGCCGUGCCCCUGGAGGCAGUCCAAGGUGGGAGUCACAGGCGUGUCAGCCGUCAGCAGCCCGUCUAUGGUAUUACACAUUUGGACAUCCGGGACGCCAUCUUGACCCUGGAGAAGAGCAUUAAGGACGUAACCAACAAACUGAACAGACACGAGGCUAGAGAGGCCCAGGUGGCCGACUUCUCCAAGAAGACGCUGGUGAGCCUGGCCUCGGACCACGACCUCACGGAGAAGAACAUGCAGGCCCUCGCCAGGCAGCUGGCCACCGUGGAGGAGAGACUGAUCUCCACCGAGGCCCUCAUCAUAACGGCUGACGAGCGUCAGCGGAUGCUGCUUGGCCAGAUAUCUCAGGGCCUGGACCGGCUGCUGGCUUCCGGCCCAUCGCUGGAAGCCUUCCCAGGAGGUCCUCCAACUGGUGAUGAUGGUGACGACAACAACGUUCUCAAGAACCUCAAGAAGCUCACCAGGAAGGUCAACACUGUGGACACUUUCAUUCAGCAAGAGCUGAGGAAGGUCUCAAAUGAGGUGAAGAUCGUUGGCGAGUCUGUGGAUCAGCACAUGGAGCAGCUUCAGGAGCGUCAUGACCGUCUCUCCUCCAGCAUGGACACCUGCCAGAGUCAAACUGUGGCGUCCAUACAGCACCUGGGAGCCUCUCUGGUCGCCGCCGCCGACAAGAUCCAAGAACAGAUGGAAGAGCAGCAAGGGUCAGGGUGCAGCGAGGCCAAGAACGUGACCUCUCGCCUGGACACACUCGACCAACACUAUCGCCAGCAGGAACACCAACUCCAGGGCUUUACCGAGCAGACGCAGAAGAGUCUGAAUGAGCACUUAGCAACACUGAAGACAUUGCUGGAAGAGAGUCAUGCUGGUCAAGCCGUCAUCAAUGCCUCUAUGGCCGAUCUCGCUCUUAAUUUACGCAGCUUAAACAUCACUAACCAAGAGGGACUGGGACACUUAUCCUCUGAUGUCACAACAGCUCUUAAGGACAAUGCAGCCACAGUUGCGGAAGCAAUGUCAUCCAUGGUAAAUGACCUGAAGGAAGGAACCUCAAAUAUCAUUGACAUCCUUGACGACAGGGCCUCUCAGACAGAGAACCUUCAGAAUACUGUUUUAGAAAACUAUUCUGAAUUAUCUGCAGAAAUUGGUAGCUUGAAGAAGGUAGAACAAGUGAUGAUUAAUACUGCAGAUUCUGUUCUUGAUACUAAACGUAGCAUCGAAUUUGGCAUUCAACAGAUUAUUUUAGAACUUGGUGAAAUUGUGAAGAAUAGUGGCAGUACCAUUAACUCAACCCUUUCUGAUCAGAUUAACAACAUUUCCUUUGCCAUUCUGAAGAACCAGACUUCUGCCCUGACCAACAUGACUGCUAAGAUGGAGCAGGAGAUCUCACAAGUCUGGCGGCAAAUUGGAAUUAUGUACCAGCAGAUGACCCAGUCUGUGGACCUCCUGGACCAGCUGAAGGACACCACAAAACAGCACAUGAACGCAUCUUUGUCUCGUGUGGGAAGCAUGGACGGAACGGUUGACAAGAUCAACACAAAGGUGGCUGAUGUGGAGAACAACCUCAAUUACCUGUUGGGGCGACUCUCUCUAGUGGUCUCUGAAUUCAACCUGAUGAAGUCUGGUGUAGGGGAUGAGCUCAUGAGAUUAAGGGAGAACUUAGCAAAGGAGAACAAUGACAAUUCUGUGCAUUUUGCUGGAUCACAGCCACCACCCGACAGCCGGUAUGAAGUUAAUCGCAAACGACAUGCCCCUUUGCAAUCCGAGGUUUAUCCAGGACACAAUCCUGAGCCCCUUGGUGUGUUCUAGCUGGGUAGUAUUUUGCAGCUUUCAUUGUUAUGUUCACUACCAGUUUUUGAGGUUUUGAACUUGUCUAAUCAGUACAUCUUAAUUUGAACCUAGGGACAAAUCUUGAAGUUUGCAUAAAAUUUAGGGGUAUAUUUUUAGUGUGGCCAUCUUCAAUUCAUAAUCAUUGUCAUACUUAGUGAUGCUGUUAUGAGAAUUGUACAUCAUGUGUUAGAUGUAUUUAUCAGGGACUGUGAUUGCCAGAUAAUAACUAGAAUCUUUCUAGUUAUGGUAAUUGGCUCUUGUUAACUACAAUGUGGUCUUUGCUGUACUAAUGACCAGUGUUGAGGUUGUAACAAUAAUUAGGCAGAGAACUACAAUGAUGCAUAGCUGGCCCAGCUUGGUUAGUGGUGGGGGUAAGUGCUAACAUAAGGUAACCCCAUAACAGAAUUAUCUUUUUUUCUUUAGAUUUAGCACAUUUUAGUACUGUAUUUGAUAAACUGGUUUGGAAACAUUUGAUAAAUUUUUUGUAGUUGUAUAGUAAAUUCUUUGUAGUAGGAAAUAUACAGUACUGUAUUUAGUAUUAAAAAUUUGUUAAAAA